AUGUUGUCCGGGAAAGCAAUUAUGCGUCUUCUAAGCAAAAAAGGUAAAUCAAGAUCGAAAUCACGAGUUCAUUCCGCAAAUUUGUCGGUCGGAUCGUCAGGAAAUGCAGUAGAGAAAGAUCCGACCGGAAGAUUUAUACGAUACAGCGAAAUGUUGGGUCGAGGAGGAUCGAAAAUCGUGUACAGGGGUUUCGAUAAAGUUGAUCGUAUUGAAGUUGCUUGGUGUCAGAUUAUUAUCAAUCCUGAAAAAUUCGACAUGCUUUUGUCGGAAGUUAAUUUACUCAAGUCCUUAGAUCAUGACAGGGUCGUCAGGUUUUUUCACUAUUGGAUUAAUAAAAAGAAGACGACUCUGAACAUGAUUACCGAAUUAUUUCCUGCAGGAUCUUUAAAGGAUUACUGUAUGAAGAAUCGCGAGUUUCUUAGCACCCAAUUAAUCAAGAAUUGGGCCAGGCAGAUUCUGACAGGAUUAACCUAUUUGCAUAGCAAUCGUAUAGUUCAUCGUGAUUUGAAGUGCGAUAAUCUUUUGGUUACCGAAGAGGGACAUCUGAAAAUUGGAGAUUUCGGAAUAGCAGUCGUUAUGAAUCAGAGUCAGAAUUUGCUUCCGAGCAUUGUGACGGGCACUCCUGAGUUUAUUGCUCCUGAGAUUUAUCAGGAAGGUGGCGAAUUUAAUGAGCUUGUCGAUAUUUAUGCUUUCGGGUUGUGCAUACUCGAGAUGGUUACUGGGGAAUAUCCGUAUAGCGAAUGCAAGGACAUGGGAGAGAUACGUAACAAAGUUUGUUUAGGUUUAAAACCCGAUUCUCUUGAGAAAGUGAAAGAUCAACAAGUUCAGGAAUUUAUCGAGAAGUGUAUUGUUCCGGCUUCCGAGAGAUUGUCAGCAAUUGAGCUCCUGAAAGACCCGUUUCUAGAAACUAAGAAUUUUUCAAAGAAAGUUAAUUCUGAGUCUAUUUCUGUUUACUUUUCAAGUGAUGAUGUAGAUUUUUCUUUAAUUUCUGAGAUGCUUGAUGCCUUGAAAAUGGACGGCUAUGAUCGAAAUUGUAAAUAUUACAAUCGAUAUUACAGUCAGGUUUGGCAAGACAGAUCAAAGAUGACAGCAGUCUUUUGA